AUGGCGGCGCGCACGCUGGAAACGUGUUUGGAGGUUUUAGAGAAGAACACCUCGCAGCCCGAGCAGUUUUUACGUGUACAGGAUGCUUUGGCAACAGACUUCACGUCACUCACGAAGACUCUUUAUGACCUGCACAAGGCCCACAAGCUGGCCGGCUGUAAGGGCAGUCCGCUGGAUCAGCUGGUGGUGGAAAAUUUCGACGAGGAGCAGAUCUGGCAGGAGCUGGAGCUCCAGAACAGCGCUGUGCUGACUGACUUUGAGGAGGCAGUGGGCCAAGCAGUCCAAGAUGACACGCUGACCAUUUUUCCAGAAACGGAGGAAGAAGAGGAAGGUGGUGAUGAUGGGGAUGGAGAUGGAGAUGAGGAUGAUGAGGACGACAGUAAUGAGGAUUUGGAAGAGGGUGAGGAAGAAGCUGAUGAUGAUGAUGAUGAAGAUGAUAGCGAAAAUAGGCUUGAGCCCAAGUCAAAAGCAGCCGACGAGGAGGACGGCUUGUCUGAUGAGGACUCGGACGUCGAUUUUGAUGUGGAUAAAUUGGAGAAACAAGCCAAACAAAAGAAGAACGUGGCGAAGAAGUUACCUAAAUCCAGGACGGUGUCGGAAGUGGACGAUACGUUCUUUAAACUCUCAGAAAUGGAGGCUUUUCUGGAGGUUAUGGACAAGAGGGAGGGGAAGGAGAGCGCUGGAGAGGAGAUCGACUACUUUCAGGAGUUGCCGUCAGAUGAGGAGGAUCUGAACUUUGAUAGGCCAGCAACAUCGAAGAGUCAGAAAAAGUCAAAAAGCUCCAGAGAUGUAAAGUACAAAGACUACUUCAUGGACGAAGAGACUCCUGAACCCAUGCCAGACGAGGAGGAUGAAUCAGCACCCGAGGAUGAGGAUGAAGGAGAGGAGAAUGAUGAUUAUGAUGAGGCAGAGGAUCUGGAUAUGGAGGGUGACGCCGAGAGCCAGAAAGCCAGAGAUGCUUUGCGGAAAGUGACCUUUGAUCUCCCCAGUGACAGCGAAGGGGAGGAUGUGGAGGAUGUUUUGGGUGGGAAGCCUAAACAUGCAGCUAAAGGAGACUCCAAAUCAUCAUUUGAGAAGAGGCAGGAAAAGAUGGCAGAGAAGAUUGGAGAGCUGGAGAAGGUCGCGUUAGCUGAGAAGCCCUGGCAGCUGAGUGGAGAAGUGACUGCACAGACGCGACCAGAGAACAGCAUGCUGGAGGAAGAUGUGGCGUUUGACCAAGCCUCCAGGAUGGCUCCUCCAGUUACAGAGGAGACCACUCUGCAGCUUGAAGAGAUCAUCAGGCAAAGAAUAAGAGAUCAGGUGUGGGAUGAUGUUGUGAGGAAGGAGAAGCCCAAGGAGGAAGUAUUUGAGUACAAGAAGAGAUUGACUCUGGACCAUGAGAAGAGCAAACUGAGUCUGGCUGAAGUCUAUGAGCAAGAGUACCUCAAACAGACACAGGACAAGACAGAAGAGGAGAAUCCAGCUCAUGUAGAAAUUCAGAAGCUAAUGGACACGGUCUUCCUCAAACUGGAUGCUCUUUCCAACUUCCACUUUACACCAAGACCACACGUUCCUGAGGUAAAGGUUGUUUCCAACUUGCCUUCCAUCAUGAUGGAGGAGGUGGCUCCAGUCAGUGCCAGCAGCACCACUCUUUUGGCUCCAGAGGAAAUUAAGGAGAAGAACAAGGCCGGUGACAUCCUUGGCGACUCAGAGAAGACGGCAACCGAUAAGAAACGGGAGAGACGCAAGAAGAAGAAACUGAAGAGGCUGAAGAUUCAGGAGCGUGAGAAGAGGAAAAAGCUCAAAGAAGCUGCAAAAGGAGGAGAGAAUAAGAAAAAGUCCAAGGCUGAGGUGGAAGCGACUCUCAGGAAACUUACUAAAGGAGGCAACGCCAAAAUACUUACGGAUGACGGCAUGGAUAAAGCUCUGCGUUCUUCCCAAGCCUUCUUCUCUCAACUGCAGGACCAAGUCAAGAGCCAGAUCAAGGGCUCUAAAGAGCAGGCGGCCAAGAAGAAGAAGAAACAGAAACCGCUUUCUGUCAGCAAGCUAAAGCUAUAGCUUCAUCUGUGAAAUAGGGUGUACAGUUUUUCCUUAAAAGAUGGCAAUUAUUUGAAUGUGUUUUACAUGAUCCUGUCAUUUAUAUUAAAAUUGUCAUAUUUAAAAGAAAAA